AUGGCGUCAAAGAAGACACAGGAGCCCGAGAUUCGCUCAUGGAGCGAUCUGCAAACCUCGGAUGCCCGAUGGGUGGCCUUGAAGAAGAUCGAUUUCAUCGACCAAACUGGGACGCCUCGUUCGUGGGAAGUCGCAGUCCGCAAAACCACUUCGUCCUCCGGCGUCGACGCCGUAGCGAUAGGCAACAUCCUCGUGCACCCUUCUAAGCCUCCGAGUACUAUGCUCGUCAUACAAUAUCGACCACCGCUUGGCAAAUACACUGUCGAAUGGCCAGCAGGGCUGAUCGAUGAAGGUGAGACAGCUGAGCAAGCAGCGGUGAGAGAGAUGAAGGAGGAGACGGGAUACGAGGGCAGGAUACUUGAGACAUCUCCGGCCGUAUCAAGUGACCCCGGCUUGACAAAUGCUACGCUGCAACUGGUCAUGAUGGAGGUGAAGCUGAAGGCCGAUGAACCCAUGCCUGAACAGAGGCUGGACGACGGAGAGUUGAUUGAGAGAGUUGUUGUGCCUUUGAACGAACUCUACGACCGGCUACUCAAAUGGAGCCAGGACGACAAGUACAUGGUCGCUGGAAAGCUCUUCUACUUCGCCGCAGGCAUGAAUUUUGCGAAGAGCAGUGGCUACGUCUGA